CGAUUCCUCCAACGUUAUCCCGUGACCACGUCUACAAAGCCACGCGCAACCAUCGACGCCGACCAGUAGCCGCGCGCAUUGCCCCGUUCGCCUUCUCCACACCGCACACCGCCCUCGUAAUGACCCGAUUACUGCUGCCCCUCACCGCGCUCGCGGCCCUUGUGCCUUUUGUGAGCGCCGGUAUCAAAUUUACCAGCCCGGCUGCUGGCUCCAAGUUGACUGCGGGCACGGCGAUUGAGGUGGAGUGGGAGGAGGGCGGCGAUGGACCCAAGAUCAGCGAAUUGCUGACGUACCAGCUCAUCCUCGUCGGCGGAGGACAGGAAGACAAGGAGCAGCAGGUCGUCAAGGUCCUCACAACAGCCGGUAACUUUGCGCUCGGAGGCAACAAGGCAUCGGCCUUGGUAGAGAUCGGGCUGCCGGGAGCGAGCACUCCAGCUAAUGCAUAUUUUAUCAAGAUGGUCGCGGUUGGCAAGACAGGUGGCGAACUCACCACAUAUUCCGACCGCUUCUCCUACUCCGGCAUGACGGGCGCAUGGGGGACCGAUGUGAAGGCCGCCCUGGCCAAGCUUAGCACCACCGACGGGCCUGCAACAAAGGACCUCACUACCGCAGCAGGUGCCGGAGCAGGCGGCGCAGCUGGCGACUACGAUGUCGAGUACACCAUGCAGACCGGGCCCACACGUUAUGCACCGAUGCAGCCAAUCCCCCCGAAGACGAUCACGGCGAAGAACACAGCGCCCUUGUACCCCACAAGUAGCGUCAGCAUUGCGACCACAUUCCUGCCUAUUCCCAAGAUUCAGACCACCAUAACACAGAGCCAGACGGCCACGUUCAGCAGUGUUGAGAACACGGUAAGUUGUGUUGACAAACUGACCAAUGAGCGCACACUGACUUUUCUCAGGUUGCUGCUGCUCCCCAUCCAACGGACGACAUGCAGAAGUUCCUGAACAGGUGGAAGGAUUAGAUCACGGCGUGGACAGAUCUCGAUUAGAUACAUAACAUGCUGAGAUCCAGUGAUGAUCUCGAAUGAUGCGCGCACGACCCUGCGCACGUACGAUUGAUGGCGUUUCUGGCAAAUGCCCUUGAAUUUGAUAGCGUUCAACAUACCACG